UUUCUAACUUGGUGACCGCAUUAACUCCUGCUUAUCUUACACUCAUUUGCGUACACUCGUUCUACUUUGUCGCCUCUGGAUUCAACCGCACGGCUUCCCAUACAUGGACAAAUAUCUCUAUCGUACCAAACCUGGAGGCGCACGCGGUGCCUUCAAUAGCAACAUUGGCGAGAAGCGGCAAGCACUCCGCUUCAACCCCUUUGCACCUCCUAUAGGCGCGAAGACGGAUAAGGAACGUCGACGUGAAGCCGCUCAAGGCAAGGCACGAGCAGACAAGCUUCUUGCACCUGUUCGUGCCACUGUUGAAUCAAGGUCAAAACCUGAUAAACACGCAAUCAUUGAUGUCGGGCCUCCUCCUGGGCCGCUACAGAAAGCCCUGAGAAAUCAAAUCCUCAACUCUCUUUCAUCCGAAAGUAACCCGAUCACGCACAGCACGGCCUACGAGCGUUGCGAACCAACCUCCUCAGCUGCCACAGGUCACCAGCGAUCGGAUGGAAGACGGAGUCAACUGUACUUUAAGAGCAGAAACAUCAAGUUGCGUGAACAGGCCAAAGAAAGAGGCCAUGAGAACGAGGUAUUCCACGGGUGUGUCGUGUAUAUAAAUGGGUACAUGAACGGAACGACGGAUCUGGAGGUCAAACGGAUUGUCGGUCUGGGUGGGGGUCGAGUUCGGUAUAUGGCUGGCGGCGGCACUACACAUAUUAUCACGAGCAUGCCGCUGAGCGCAUCGAAGACGCACACGCACCUCAACACGAACGAGCGCAAAGUUCACGUAGUCACGCCGGAAUGGAUAUUAGAUAGCGUGAAGAUGAAGAAGAGACAACCAGAGUGGAAGUACAAAAUUGUUGAGAGUAAGGUGCAGGGGUCACUAGGGUUUGGGGUGAAGGACAACACUGUGAUUGAUCUAACUGAAGAAUGACAUCACAACCAAACUACACUUUCUCGAACAUGUAGUUGUUAUAUACAAAUGUGACGAAUCAUUUCACU